AUGAAGGGCUUCAAUAUGAAUACGUACAUGUACGCGCCGAAGCACGAUGACAAGCAUCGACAUAACUGGCGAUCCAAGUACGACCUUGACGAGCUCAAGAAUCUAAAAAGCCUAAUUGAAAAUUCGAAAGAAAAUGGAGUAGACUUUGUCUUUUCCAUGGCUCCCGGGUUGGAUCUGCGCUAUUCCUGCAAUAUCGACCUGGAGCAGCUUUUGAACAAAUUUAUGGACAUCAAGGAGCUUGGCUGCCAAUCAUUUGCCAUUCUAUUCGACGACAUCAACGAGGACUUAUCUCCCGAAGACGCGCGCAAUUUCGAGAGCCCGGCACACGCACAAGCUUCUGUCGCCAAUUUCAUUUUCGAAAAGCUCGGCCCGGAAAUCAAACACUUUCUUUUUUGCCCAACAGAGUAUUGCGCCUCGUUCGCGAAGCCUAACGUUGAGGAGUCUGAGUAUCUGAGCUCGUUGGGCAAGAUGCUCCAUCCCGAUAUGUUGGUGAUGUGGACCGGGCCGCGCGUCGUCUCCCGCACCAUUUCGGUGGAGUCGAUCGAGCAAAUCCGAAAGAUAUUCCGCCGCCCACCCGUCAUCUGGGACAACAUCCACGCCAACGACUACGAUCGACGACGAUUUUAUCUAGGGCCGUUCGCUGGGCGCCACUCCGACCUAGUCGGAUUGACAGCAGGAGUGCUAACGAAUCCGAAUUGUCAGUACGACUUCAACUACGUGGCGAUGCACUCGCUAACCAGCUGGUUCCGCUCGUUCUCACUAGAACACACAGACUUAUUUUUAACAGUUCGACCACGAAAGCAAUCGACCGCCUCGUCUGGAGAUGAAAAGAGUACUUGCGAAGAAGAGCACAAAUCGCACGGCCGCUACUGCCCCCGGCGCGCGCUCGUAAAUGCGCUGUCCGAUUGGUUGCCCAGCUUUACUCAAACAUCCCCUGAUCGUAUCGAGCUGGAGGACUUGCUCUUGCUCGCUGACUUCUACUACUUGCCCUACGAAUAUGGAGAAGACGCGUUUCGCUGCGUCCAACAGCUCAUGUUCUGCGCCAAUAAAGUCUCCCUCCGCGCAUCCGAGCAAUGGAUCAACAACUUUAAUAAUGUUCAGCACCUUAACGAGAAAAUCAGCACACUUGCCGAUCGCAUGUCGAGGUGCGCCAUUUCCGACUCCCCCGCUGCUAUGCUUCUACCGUUCCUCAUCGACGUUUCCAAUAUUUUCACGCUGGCCAUCGCCUACAUCCAAUUCAUCGCCGACCUCGGGCACAUUCUAGACCCCUCGCUCAUCCCCGUUAAAGAGUUCCACGAAAAGGAGUCCUACGAUUACAUCGAUGAUGACGAUGGGAACGGCCCAGAGCUAGCUAUCGUCCACAAAAUCGCCUCUAUUCUACCCCGCAAUGAAUUAAAUUCAUUCAUUCUUAAUGAAAUCUCGACCCCUUGGUUUCCAGGAACAACUCUUCGAUUUUCGGAGCCAAGUCGAACGCGGGAAAACGCUUUUCGAAAUUCUGCCGAUAAUGACAUGGAAUUUGAUGAUGCAACGCUCUGGCCGUCUAGCGAUCUUCAACGCCUCGACGACUUAGAAAUCGACGAUGAGUUAAUUUCGUUUUCGAUCAAUCUCAGUAUUCACCCGCUCGAUCAUGGUGCUGCCCUUGUUCUGCGCGAUAACAAAAAAGCGCGUUUGCAUUUCGCUGUUCGCUCAAAAACCCAAAUUGCGUCGCUGCAUUCGAUGACGUUGCUGAUCUGUUCGCUGGUGAAUAUCCUGUCAGCGCAGGACUAUGAAAUAAUCGAAGUGCACCUUGGCGAGCAAACCGAGCCAUUCCAGAACGUGCUGGAGAAAAUGCACUUUAUCAAAAAGAACCGAGCCUUUUUCUACGUCCUCAAGUAG